AUGAAUUUGAAGUUGGUCUUGGCGUCUUUGUUAUUUCUCGCAUUCCUUGGUGUUUGCAUUGCAAUUCCCACUACUACUGCCUCCAAUGCUACUAUCACAAAAGAAACUGGCACCACUAAAGCUCCAGAAGUGGUAAAACAACCAACAGAACAGGAACAAAGCACCGACGCAUCAGUAACCACGACAGAAGCGGAUGCUGAUGAUGGGGAUGGGGAUGGGGAUGACGAUGAGGAAGUGCUAGGGGAAGCGCGAACGCCAAAACGAGCGCAAGUGCGAGCGCAAGAGGGAGCGCAAGAGCAAGAGCAAGCAGGAGUGAAUAACCAUUGUGAUUGUGCUGUCCCACAACCAGAAUGCUGCUAUGAGUGCCCUAAUUGCUACGAGGCUCCGGAUGUGCCAUGCGAGGGUGAGGUCAUAGUUAGGACGCUGCCAAAUAUUCCAUUUGACUUGGCCUUCUCUUUAGCAUAUAUGCAUCCAGAGCUGGUGAACUUUGUCAUUAAAAGGCACGCCCACCUUGACUACCUACUUCUCUACACUGAUGCUCCCACACUUGAUCCCGGUUAA